CCGGACAUCAUUAUGCAAUGCUUCAAACAAAACCAGAUCCGAAUAGGAAGAUUGAUGGAAUCGAAUCAUACUUUGGUGCAUUCAACCCCAAAGGUAUUGAGGGCCCCCAACAUAGCUCAUUUCGCAUGACACUUUCAAAUGGUGAUGAUAGCUUGAAAACGGGAUUGACGGUGAAUCCAUUAUUAUUCAAAGAUAACAAGACUCGAUUGUUUGCUCAUAUCGUGUUGAAUGGAAGAACGCAAUGUUUCAAUCAACAAUGUCUGGGAUAUAUACAACUCAGUUCUGAAAUACCUCUAGGUUGGCCCAUCGGAAGAAUUUCAGUUGUAGGAGGAAUUCAAUAUGCUCUAAAAUUGAGGAUCAGCAAGAAUUAUAUGAACACAGGACCGAAUUCAAGAGAAUCUGUGUGGCUAUUGCAAUUGGAUGAUGAUAUGCUUAUGGUCGGUUUGUGGCCAACAAAAGUAUUUGGAAGAUUAAAUGACUUGGGUAACCAAGCCGAUUGGGGGGGAGAAGUUUAUAGUCCUUUGGACCAACCAAGUCCACCUAUGGGUACUGGCAUUCAUCCCUAUGGGGACACAAGAUAUGCAGCACAUAGUACUCUUAUUGGAAUUUCAUAUGAGAAUUCACAAUCUGAAUUUGUGAAUCCAAGUGAUGUAGUGUUAUAUGAAUCAGAUCCAAAAUCGUAUAGUGUUUUGGAUUGUGGAUAUGAAAUUGGAUAUUGGGGACGCUGGAUUUUAUAUGAUGGUCCCGGAGGAAUAAAAAGUGAUUGAGUUGUAAGUUGACUUGUUUCUUUGCCAAUAAAAUUUUCCAAUUAUUUAAGUUAUUUUUUAUUUUUUAUUAAGAAAGCUUGGCUAGUUGCACAAGGCUAUGAAAAAGAGAAUCGUCCACAUAUUAUGCCAUAAAGUA